AUGGUGAGAUGGGAAGCUGUUCGCUGCAACAACGUUACAGGGCGGGUGUUUGAGCUCCAUCUCGGUAAUCCAUAUGACACGGAUGAUUUAGAAUUCAAUAGCAAGUUCGAGUUGGGUGGUGAGAUUAGCCCUGCUUUGCUUGAAUUAGAAUUUUUGAGUUACUUGAACUUGAGUCUGAAUGAUUUUGGAGGUAGUCCAAUUCCAAGUUUCCUGGGUUCCAUGGGGAGUUUGAGAUAUCUUGACCUCUCCUAUGCUGGAUUUGGUGGACUAGUUCCUCAUCAGCUCGGAAAUCUCUCGACUCUUCGUCACCUGGAUCUGGGAAGUAACAGUGGGCUGUACGUUGAGAAUCUUGGUUGGAUUUCUCAUCUUGCUUUUUUGAAGUACCUAGGCAUGGAUAGGAUCGACCUUCACAGGGAAGUUCAUUGGCUUGAAUCCAUGUCUAUGUUCCCUUCUCUUUCAGAGCUGCACUUGUUGGGUUGUGAACUUGAUAGCAAUAUGACUUCAUCUCUCGGGUAUGUUGCCAAGCAAUUUGGAACAAACAAGAAGGAAUCCUAG